AGUAUAUAAUAUACGUGCACUGCAGGGCCCUCGGUCGUUCUUCGCGCCCCGCGAUCGAGGCUUUCUCGCUCGAUCUUUUCCCAUGAGGCGAGUGUGCGGGUGUAUCUAUUAUCUGCGUACCCCUAUAUAUGACAAAAUCCUUGGUUUUGUAGACUUAAACAUUCAGAUUUAUUCAGAUAAUAUUAUAUUUUCUCCCCUUUUAGCUUAUACUUAUAACGUAUGUUCCUUAUAUUCAUACUAUAUAAAUUAUUUUAAUAUAGUAUAUAUAAAAAAAAUACCUCAAUAAAUACAUGUUAUAAUAUAACUACUUAAUAUAAUAUGGGAGCAUGGCGCAGGGAGCUGAGACUUUUACGCGGGAAAUUUAGCAGAAUAUAGAUAUACCGGCAGUUAGUGAAUUUAAGGCAUAGUAAGUGCCAGCGCAUUCGCGCUACAGUUUGUGCCAAAGAUAAAGUGUGGUGUAAACAAGCCAAGAUAAUUUGUCUCUUAUAGUUAACGGCAAAAUGUCGAUUCACUUGCAUAUAAAAAAGGAAGAUAUGACGGCAGCGAAAGAUCCUGAGCUGCACUCUGUACCUUGCAAAAUUUACUGCGAUGACACUGCCAAUGUUGCUACUUAUUUCAAACCUUACAUCAAGAACAUCGAUGAUGAGCAUUUAAAAUCAUCAUUCAGAGGCUAUCCGCUCCAAGGGAAAAUAAUUUCAGUACCUGAGGGAUACACGGGUGUAACAUUCUAUGAAUAUAAAAAACCUGACAAUGAUGAUGCAGAGCGUAAUAUCUAUGCAACUGGCACGUUCAAGCAAUUUACUUAUUGGAACUAUGACAAAAUACCAACAAAAAACGAUCCUUUUAUAUCUGCUUUAGAUUGGAUUGACAUCGCAGAAGCACUGCAUUCAACAGAAGAUAGUGAUGAAAGUACUUCCAAAUGACUGAUUAAGGAAAUUAAGACAAUCUUUUAUAGAUAAUAAUUUUUUAUUUCGUAUCUAUGGAUAAUAAUUAUAAAAUGUUAUUAAAUUGUUCAAUAAUAUUUUCAAAUAUAUUUUUAUAAAUCGCAAUAAAGUGUUAAAAAUUAUUUAUAAAUAAUAUGAAAUUGGUUAUAGAGUUCUUACUAUACCAUGACAUUUUCUACACAAAUUGUUAUAUCCAUAGGCUUACAAUAUUACAAACGCUAUUACACUUCAUUUCAUAGAAGAAGAUUAUGAUAACUUAUAUUUCAAAUCGUCUGCUUGUUGGAUUAAAAUUUUUAUCAACUUCCAUAAGCAGAAUAAUUUUGAAGAGCAAUAGAAAGUCAAGUUUUAUUAAUCUCACUAGAGACAUUUUUUGAAACAUGAAUGAUUUGCUCGAGCAUUUUCAUAUUUGUUAUAACAGCCUAAAAAUUAUAGCUACUCACAGCAUUGUCGGACAAUGUAUUGUGUACACUUGAGAUAAAAUGUAAGAGAUCGAAUGCAAAUACACAGUAUUUGUGCAUUACCUGCUUGUUUUACAAAUUCAUUUAUAUAUGAUUGGUUAAUAUUAGACCGUUUUUUUUUGCUACAUCCUGUUUUUUCUUAAAAAUCCUAUAUUUACACUAUAAAGCACAAAGAAACAUUUACUCUUAAAGCAGCAUACUAUUUAUAAAUGAUUUGUGUAUUUUUAAGCUAAUGACAUUGAGCAUCAUGGAUAGCUAGAGUACAAAUGUCUUAUUGAUUCUGAGCCAUGGCGUAAAAACAAGACACAUGAAAAUUCUUCAUCAUUUAUCUUAUAUAUCGCAUUUUUAUCAUUUUAUGGCUUUCUAAAAAACUAUUUUUAAACAAUCUCAAACAGCAAUUAUUUUAAUACUACAAAAUUCUAAGCAGAUUUAUAAUUGUACACUUGUGCUAGAGGUUUCAAGAUUCAUGUAAAAUACUUCAAAAAUUUUUAAGGAGAUAUAUAUGUAUAUAUAUUGUUGUCUUAGUACAGUCUUGUUUUAUAUAUUAUAAUUUUGCUAAAACAUUAAGAAUACUGAUUUAUUUGGAAAACAUAUUCUACAUCUAAAACAAUUAAAUCUACAUGUGAUAAUAGCAUAAAAAAAGUUAUGUACAAGCAUUUGAAAUUCCUAUUGUACAUACAUUUUACUCAAAAUUAAAACUAUUAACGGUUUAUCACUGUUUAUUAACAAUAACAAAUAGCAUUUGUUAAAUAAAAAUAGAAAAA